UCUCCUAGUAACGGAAGCGGGAAAACCGGAAGUGGAUUACUGAAUGACAGGUAGCGGGGAGCGUGACCUCUUGAUGCGGGCAAUUAACCCUUUGAUGACAGUCAUGUGACGGGGUUGAUAUCGGUGUAUAUCGGAGAGGCAGUCAUGGCUAUAAAGAUCUUCUUCCCGACCUCCUGCUCGGCAGCAGAGAAUGGACUCCUCAUCGGACGCUGGAUGGGAGAGCACAGGUCCGCCAUCGUCCUGGCCAUCCUGCACUUUCCGUUUAUUCCUGCCAGCGUGCGGAGAUACCUGAGUCAGCUGGAGCAAGCGACGGGCAUGAGCCUCUCCGUCCUGGGCACCUGGAGCCAUAGUAAAGGAGAGGCGGACGAUAAGAUGGAAAACUUUCUGGGAGAGCUGAGCAGCAUCUUUAAGCACCAGCCCUGGCUGCGGAUGGCAAGGGAGUCCUCCAGCAAGUUCUGGGACUGUCACAUUGAAAGGCUGGAGGAUGACUCCUCAGAGGAUGUGGUCUUGGUCUACUACGACCAGAGGAAGGUCAUGUUAUCAGAGCUGCACUCCGCAUCCGAACACUCGGAGAUAGCUGCCAUGUUUAACACGGUGGCCAAGAACCAGCCCCUCUUUGCCAAUGAUAAGUACGACGAGGGUCCACUGAGGUUAACGCACUGGCAGUCUGAGGGCAGGGAGGCCAGUAUUAUUGUGGAGCUGGGGAAGCAAGCAUCUGUGCCUGUGUGUGCUGUUCUUUCAUUUUGGGUCUCUAUGAUCACCAGCAUCUGUAGUCUAAGGGUCCUUAGCGGGAAGCCUCUCUCCUUCCUAUGGAACAAGCUGUCUACAUGUGAACAACUGGGGAAGCGCCUGGAGAACCUCCGUAUUAUCAGCAGUUCUGAGAAGGCCCAGGACCACACAACGUUCAUGAGAAAGGCCAACAUUGUCUUGUCGCUGCUUGUAGACAUAGUGCUUGGGAUCCUCCUUAUGUCCUGGCUCUAUCGGGGGAACCACAUAGGACAGCUGGCCGAUGCCCUUAUACCUGUGGCUGAUCGUGUUGCUUUGGAACUUCAAAGCCUUCUGCAGUGGCUGAUGGGAGCUCCAGCUGGGCUGAAAAUGAAUCGGGCUUUGGAUGAAGUUCUGGGGCGAUUCUUCAUGUAUCACAUCCACCUGUGGAUCAGUUACAUCCGCCUGAUGUCUCCAUUCAUUGAGGUUAUCCUGUGGUACAUCGGACUGUCGGCUUGUCUCGGGCUGUCCAUGGCGCUCUCUAUUUUGUCUGAUAUCAUUGCACUCCUCACCUUCCACAUAUAUUGCUUCUAUGUGUAUGGGGCCAGACUAUAUUGCCUGAAGAUGCACGGGCUGUCUUCUCUCUGGCGUCUUUUUCGUGGUAAAAAGUGGAAUGUUUUGCGACAGAGGGUGGACUCUUGCUCGUACGACUUGGAUCAGCUGUUCCUGGGGACCCUGCUCUUCACAAUCCUGCUGUUUCUACUGCCAACCACUGCCCUUUAUUACCUCGUCUUUACCCUGCUGCGGCUUGUCAUGAUCGUGGUGCAAGGUGUAAUCCAGAUGACCAUAGACCUCCUGAGCACGCUCCCUUUCUACGCACUCUUACUGCGCCUAUGUCGAUCGUACAGACUGGCUGCGGGUGUCAAAUUUCGGAUGCUGGAGCAAAAGAGUGGAAAAGCACUUAGAUUACUGAUGCAGAUCAACCCCUUACCCUAUGGACAGGUACUGCAAACCUACAGGCUGCCAUCCCAGAGAUGUUACCCCAAGGAUUCCUGGGGUUCCCUAUGCAAAAAAUUGUUCAUUGGAGAAGUGAUCUACCCCUGGAAGCAGAAGAAGUCUAAAGAGCAUUAAAGGAAAGUAUCCACAACAUCACUGCGGUCUGACAGACGAGACACUGGAGCAUUCCUUACCCACCGAAUAAUGGGCAUUAUUUCUAUUAACACGAUCAGACACAAUCUACAGUGACAUGUGCCAUCCCUCUUGCUGAAUUUUAUUGUGCACAUUUAUAUGAUUCUCAUAUUUAAUUGGAAAAGUACUGACGGUAGACCGCACUAAACAGCACCACGUUCUGCAUACCUCAAUACCUGGCAUCUCAUUUCCCGAAACAGCGCCUUCCUUGGCCAUACAUGGUAUUGCAGCAUAGUCAAUUUUACUUGAAUGUGGGUGUGCUGUGAUACAAGGCAUUGCCUAUGGAUAACAGUGGCUCUGUUUCCGGAAGAGGUCCAGAAUUUUUUUUUUCAGUUUUGAUUCUCCUUUAAAAGGGGUUAUCUAUCAAUUUUCAAAAAUUCAUCUCCUGCUGUGGCUGGAUAAAAAGUAAAAAAAAAUUCCAGACUAACCUAACGCUGAUUCGGCUUUACCUGCUCUCCCAAUCUCUUUCCUGCUUUCAAGACGAGUGUUCGUUGCAGGACUUGCUGGUUUAACCAACGCUGCGGCCAGAGAUUGGGUCAGCAGGUCCUGUUGACAGCGCUCAUCUCAGAAGAAGAUUGUGGACUGGCUGAAGCUGAACACGAGCUGGAGGGGACCCAGCUAGGUAAGUAUUGUUUUUUUUUUUUUUAGCAUUAUACAGUGGUCCCUCAACAUACAAUGGUAAUCGUUUCCAAGUGAUCCAUCGUUUGUUGAAACCAUCGUAUGUUGAGGGAUCCGUGCAAUGUAAAGAAUAGGAAGUUGUACUCACAUGUCCCCGCCGCUCCGGACCCGUCACCACUGCCCCGGAUGUUGCACUCCAUCGCUGUCGCCGCGUCCCCGUGAUGUCCCCGCCACUCCGGAACGUCUCUGUUGCCUGGGAUAGUCGCUCUCACGUCGCCGCCAUCACAUCACUAUGCACGCUGUUCCUAUUGGAUGACGGGACGGCGUGCGUGGCGACGUGAUGACGAUGAUGCAGAGGAUCCUGAAGAGGACGCUCCGGAGCCCCGAGGACAGGUAGGAGACCAUCACCGGAGCGCACAGGGCACCGUAAAUGGCUAUCCGGUGGCAGCUGAAGCAGUCUGCGCUGCAGGAUAGCCGUUUAUGCGAUGGCCCCGACAUACAAAAGCAUCAUAUGUUGAUGCUGCCUUCAACAUGCGAUGGCCUCUGAAAUGUUGAAAUUAUCGUAUGUCGGGGCCAUCGUAGGUUGGGGGAUCACUGUAUAUAUUUAUGCUAAAGCUGAAUAACCCCUUUAAAUGAUCGCUGGCCCGUCUGUAAUUAAUUGAGUCUGUAACGUAGCGGCAUAUGGCAGGCAUGUGACCAUACAACGUCACUCAAGCUCCUCUUCUUUCUAGCACACAGUGUGUUUCUAUGGAGGAGGCUUAUUGACAAAGGUCACAUGCCCCUUCACAUGCCGCCAUGUUAUGGAUGGGAUCAUUGCACGGACGGGAUAGUGAUCAAGGGGGUAGAGCUUCAGAAAGGCUACAUAAUAGGACACUAAGUGUAUAUGACCUAUUAUAAUCAUAUGUCUCAUUUCCAGAGUGUGACCAACCCCUUUAGGUUGUGACUGAUCCUCUGUAGAAGUCGCCGUCCGUUAAAGACUUUUUCUAUAUUAAAUAUUGGACCAUGGCAGCUAUGCACACGUUACACUGCAGCAAGAGAGGCCCAAGGGUUAACUAAGGGUAACGAAAUCUGUACCACGUGCCACAUAGAAACUUUACCACAUACAUGACAGAUAUUGUUGGCAGAUGUUCAAUCUCCAAAUACUGAGAGGCCAAAUCGUUAACAAAAGGAACAAAACUCUUUAGUGGUCAUCUAGUUUUAUGUAAAUUAUAACAUGCAAAUUUAGAUUUUUCUGAUAUACUUUGUGUUAAAAUUUUUCAACAUUUCCAAGGUCACUGCUUGCUGUCAGGGAACGGAAACAUUUAUGUUCCAAUCCCAGCGUUUCCCAACCAGGGUGCCUCCAGCUGUUUACAAAACUACAACUCCCAGCAUGUCCUGGGAGUCGUGGUCUUGCAACAGCUGGAGGCACCCUGGUUGGGAAACAUUGCCCUAUCCAGUAGUUGAAAACAUGUUCUGAUCAUUUAAAGGGGUACUUCACUCCCCAACGUCCGGAACAUUUAGUUCCGAACACUGGGUGCGGGCUUCGGGGUUCGUCACGCCCCCUCUUGAUGUCGCACCCUGCCCCUCAUGACUUCACGUCCUGCCCCCUCAAUGCAAGUCUAUGGGAGGUGGUGUGACGGCUGUGAUGUCACGAGGGGGGCGGGGCGACCCUGAAGCCCGCACCCAACUUUCGCAACUAAAUGUUCCGAGUGGGGAGUGAAGUACCCCUUUAAAACAAGCACAGGUGCACCGCUUGUUACAGUGUGUCGGCGAUUUCUCUUUAUUAAAACGCUACAUAACUUUUUUGGGUUAAUUAACGCAUUUUAUUUAUUUUCUUUAAAACUGGAGAACUGAAGGGCACUUGUUUCUAUAUUUUUUUUUCUUUUUUAGGAUUAGGGUGGGACCAAUAAAACUGAAGGUAUAUUUGGGGUUCGGGUGCACGCUGCGUCUUUUUUUUUUUUUUUUUUUUUAAAUGCUUUAUUUAAAAACAAAAAAAGAACAAAGAAUGCAGCGCUUUCCAGGGUGAUUAUGGGUACAUUUAACACAUACAUCCGUUUCCUGUUUGUGUGUAUGUGUGUAUAUAUAUAUAUAUAUAUAUAUAUAUAUAUAUAUAUAUAUAUAUGCCAUCUGUUUGGUUGCUAUGGACAGCUGGACUACUUUUUCCUCUGCACAUGUUUAGAUAAAUCGCCCCAAUAGGGGCGAUUUAUCUAAACAUGUGCAGAGAAAAAAGCAGGGCAUAUAUAUAUAUAUAUAUAUAUAUAUAUAUAUAUAUAUAUAAAACUGUGUUUGACGUACAGAUCCGAGGUGCCAUUUAACACUGGAUAAUGAGAGUAUUUUUUUCUCCAUUUAUAAUUGUCGUAUAAUUUGUUGGUCAUUGUUUUCCUUUCUGAUUGUCUAUUAUUCGAUCCCGACUGUUUAUUACACAAUCCUUCUCUGUUAAUUCUUAUAAGACUAACCCUCCCGUUCCCAUUCUGCCAGGUUACAGUCUAGCGUUCUCUUUGUAUUUAUAUUCUCACCUGAUCCCCCGGUACCUGGAGGCUGAUUUAUCUUUUAAUUAUAUGAUGAUGUCUGUGAAUAGUUUUUUUUUUGUACGAUUUCUAAUUAUGGUAAUUCCUAAAGAAAAUAUAUAAUUUUAUCCUGG